UCUCCGCCGCCCGGAGUGCGCGGAGCUGGGAGCGGCUUGACCAUGGCCGCGAGGAGGGACUCCGUGUGGAAGUACUGCUGGGGAGUUUUGAUGGUUUUAUGCAGAACUGCGAUUUCCAGAUCGAUAGUUUUAGAGCCCAUCUAUUGGAAUUCCUCGAACUCCAAAUUUCUACCUGGACAAGGACUGGUACUAUACCCACAGAUAGGAGACAAAAUGGAUAUUAUUUGCCCCAAAGUGGACUCUAAAACUGUUGGCCAGUAUGAAUAUUAUAAAGUUUAUAUGGUUGAUAAAGACCAAGCAGACAGAUGCACUAUUAAGAAGGAAAAUACCCCUCUCCUCAACUGUGCCAGACCAGACCAAGAUGUAAAAUUCACUAUCAAGUUUCAAGAAUUCAGCCCUAACCUCUGGGGCCUAGAAUUUCAGAAGAACAGAGAUUAUUAUAUUAUAUCUACAUCAAAUGGGUCUUUGGAGGGCCUGGAUAACCAGGAGGGAGGGGUGUGCCAGACAAGAGCCAUGAAGAUCCUCAUGAGAGUUGGACAAGAUGCAAGUUCUGCCGGCUCAACCAGGCGUAAUGAUCCAACAAGACGUCCAGAGCUAGAAGCCGGCACAAAUGGAAGAAGUUCAACAACGAGCCCCUUUGUCAAACCGAAUCCAGGUUCCAGCACCGACGGCAGCAGCGCCGGACAUUCCGGGAACAUCCUCGGUUCCGAAGUGGCCUUAUUCGCAGGGAUUGCCUCGGGGUGCAUCAUCUUCAUCGUCAUCAUCAUCACGCUGGUGGUGCUCCUGCUCAAGUACCGGCGGCGGCACCGCAAGCACUCGCCGCAGCACACGGCCACGCUGUCGCUGAGCACGCUGGCCACGCCCAAGCGCGGCGGGAACAACAACGGCUCGGAGCCCAGCGACAUCAUCAUCCCCCUGAGGACUGCGGACAGCGUCUUCUGCCCCCACUACGAGAAGGUCAGCGGGGACUAUGGGCACCCAGUGUACAUAGUGCAGGAGAUGCCUCCCCAGAGCCCGGCCAACAUUUACUACAAGGUCUGAGGCCUGGCGGUGCCUUCGCUUCCCGGAGGAGAGGGCCCGGCCCGCUGCGCCAGCCCGGGAGCGUGGAUGAGCCCCCGGGCCUCGACUGGACUGGGGCACAGCGGGGCGGGGGGCGCGCCCCUUCCCGGAGGAGCCCGUGGAGUCGGACGGCUUCCCCGGCCCGUGGCCCGGCCGCCACGAGCCCGGGUGCGCACCGGCUGCUGGAAGACUUGUGUGGAAGGUACCCCUUGGCCGGCCGCGCCCGCCUCCCGCCUUCCAUCCUCGAAGCCAUGUGCCCCGGCCACUCAGGGCCCCUCUGAAGCCCCGGGAGGACGGCGGGUGGUGGGCCAGAGCCCUGCCAGCAGCCUGCAUGCUGCCAGGAGUCCAGCCUGGAGGUGGCACCCUCAGCCUCGCACGGCCUCUGGGCAGGACCGGACCUGCCACGGGGACCGCCGCCGGCUGCGCCAGGCUUGUAAGGGGCUCCCACUUCUCGUCCUCACGGCCACACCCCGUCCACAGCCGGGCCUGCAGCACUUCACAUGAGAUUUCCUCUGCCCCACAUCCGCAUCGCUAAUGGACAUUAGGUCUGGAGUCUCCUAGGUGUCCGCCUGCAGCGGCAGCGUGGGGGAACGGGUAACACACUUGCAGAAUCGUCUUGGUUGGUGAGCAUCUUCCGGCCGGAGGCCAGGCUGCCAGCCUCCGAGGAGGCUGCGAGGAGCAAUGCAGGCGCAGGCCGGGAGCAGGGCUGCCUGCACACGAGGUCGGUGCCGCUGCCUCUGCACGGGAAGUCGGGAGGGCCCAGGUGGCACAGCACCUUGGAUUGGCUUGGGUUUUAAGGGGCAAGUAGGAGACACAGCAGCACACGCAGUGGGUUAGAGUACGUUUUAGGGGAUCCGCUCUCAGCAGACAGCAGUGCGCAGGGGGUCGCUGGUGGAGAAAAGGGGCAUCAGGCUGGGGAGCCUGCCUGGGGUUGCAGGGGACGUCAGGAGGCCGAGGAGAAGCCGGGCGGCGGGUCUGCGGGUACUGAUGCAGAGGACAGCCCCUGAGCAGUGGGCAAGCCGCUCUGCUUUCGGUGAUGUUUAAAGCAGAUUCAGCUGCUAUACUUCUCACAUUUUAUGAAACACAGGGAAAGCAUUUAGGAGAACAGCAGAGAGCCAAACCUGACCUCAAAGUUUAAAAGCCAAAGGUCAAGCAGGCUGUAAUUCAUCAUCAUUGACUUUAUUAAGGAAUUCUCAUGUAUAAAAGGUAGGUCAGAUCCCCGUCUGCCAGCGCCCGCCCCUCUCCACUGAGCCUUACGGCACCGCGGGCCGCGGGCCCCAGGGUGGGUACUGUGCUGGGGCGAAGCACACAUGCGGACCUCUUCGAGUCCAUAAGACAGAAAUAAAUUAUGAUGUCGAGGGGGAGGAGGAUAGGACGUAUUUAUAAUAGGUGUAUAGAACACAAGGGAUAUAAAGUGAAAGAUUGUUACUAAUAUAUAUUUUAAGAUUGCACACAAUACACACCAGAAGAUGUGAGAUUCAUUUGUGGCAAUUAAGUGGUCCCAAUGCUCAGUGCUUUAAAGAAACAAUUGGACAGUUACUUCUGGGGAAAAAAAAAAAUCACUCCAAAAA